AUGGCUUCUCUUGGUGGUAACGUUUUACCCCUGGGACCUCAGGCUCAAAUCUAUCUCGCUGGAGUAGCAGUCGUCCUCGUCGUAGGCUUCUGCUUUUCUACGCUUCUCGUAAAAUCUACGAAGACGAAUGACAACCCAAGUUUGCUCCGGGCAUUGUGGUAUUUCGUCUACUCCUGCUUCCUCAAGCCUCAUGAGGGCGACAAGCAGGGAACUCAGCAGGAUGCUCUUGAGAGCUUCUACAAAAGCCAAGCCGGUGCGUACGAUACCACCAGGAGCGCGCUUCUCAAAGGCCGUGAAGACAUGUUGGCUCUAGCUGCCGCACAGCUGGAGCACAGAUCAGUCAAAGAUGGCCAAUUGUCCCAGAACAAAAGGAGGAUUUGGGUUGAUGUCGGUGGUGGCACAGGCUUCAAUAUUGAAGCUAUGGCCCAGUUCGUCGACGUGCCUCGAUUCUUCUCCAGUGUCUACCUCGUCGAUUUCUCGCCGUCCCUAUGUGAGGUCGCCCGGAAACGGUUCGCUCGGUUGGGAUGGGACAAUGUGAAGGUUGUAUGCCAGGAUGCUAGGAAGUUCCGCUUGGAGGACCAUGAACCAGUCCUCGACGGCGGGCGAGCUCCCAGCUCUCCUCAUAUAAGCUACUUCUCACAGAAGCGCCCUGAACACGGUGGUGUCGACCUGAUCACCAUGUCUUACAGCCUUUCGAUGAUUCCUGACUAUUACUCCGUCAUCGAUACGCUUCCAUCUCUGCUGGCGCCCAAUGGUAUCAUGGGCGUUGUUGAUUUCUAUGUCCAAUCCGAGGUCGAUGUCAGCUUCCGGAAUUAUACAGGUGGCCUCAUCAAUCGCCACGUCAACUUCCUUCAGCGCACCUUCUGGCGUGCGUGGUUUGACAUCGACCGCGUUGCCCUAGAGCCAGGUCGACGUGACUAUCUUGAGUAUCGCUUCGGAACUGUUCUCAACGUCAACAGCCGAAACUACACGCUUGGCGCGAUUCCGUAUUACGUCUGGCUCGGUUGUCACAAAAGGCCAAUGUCCUCAGCCCUUCCCCAUGAAAUCGUGGAGAAGGUCGAUGCUCUUGUUACAGAGUCUCCUUACUUGCAUCCGAAGAACCACUCGAAUGCUUUGUCACGUGCCGUUGAGAGAGCUGCACCAGAGAUCCGCUCGAAAGCUUUUGAUGCAGCCGUUGUCAACCUCUCGGCUAACUUGCCCCUCCCCUCGUUCUUCUAUCAGAAUCACCACUGGCGCAUCUAUUAUGACGAUCAGCUCAAGAAGCACACGCAGUUCAACGAUGAGUACAUCUAUGCUUUCACCUGGGAAGAUACCCGCGUGGAUGAGCGCAUCCUCAAGCUCAAGUCUGAUGAUGUAGUUCUGGCCAUUUGCAGUGCUGGUGACAACAUACUGUCUUAUGCUCUGCAAAGUCCCGCCAGAAUCCAUGCGGUGGACCUGAACCCUACCCAAAGCCACUUGCUUGAGCUCAAGGUUGCUGCUUAUUCUUCGCUUCCUUACGAGGAUUUUUGGAAGAUAUUCGGAGAUGGGAAGCACCCAGACUUCCGAUCGCUGCUGAUCUCAAAGAUGUCUCCCCAUCUGUCCAGCCGAGCUUUCCAGUACUGGCUGAACAACCAUCACAUCUUCACAAAGUCCAAGGGGGGAUUGUAUGACACUGGUGGCUCAAAGCACGGUAUACGCAUCUUCCGCUGGAUCACACGCGUCUUUGGUUGCAGGUCUGCUGUUAAGGCACUCCUCUCUGCAAAAACAUUGAAUGAGCAACGUGAGAUCUGGCGCAACAAGAUCCGUCCUGCCCUGCUCUCACGCCUGGUAUCCAAGUUUGUUGUCAGUCAGGAGUCAUUCCUUUGGACAGCCCUCGGUGUCCCCAAGAACCAACUGGCAAUUCUUGAGGAAGACCAUGCUACCUCCGAUGCUGUGUGUGGUGCAAACCCAACCGCCAAGAACACCAGGUCUCACGCUAUCUGGGAGUACAUGGUCAACACACUGGAUCCCGUUGUUGAGACGACUCACAUCGCCGCCGACAACCCAUACUACUUGGUCUGUUUGGAAGGCAAGUUCACACGCCGUUGUCAUCCGGAUUAUCUCUCACCGCAGGCCCAUGCCCGUCUGUCACGGUCCAAUGCCUUCGACGGGCUGCGCAUCCACACUGACGAGAUCGACGAGGUCAUUGCCCGCAUCACGCCAGGUACACUGACCGUCGCCGUUGUCAUGGACAGCAUGGACUGGUUUGAUCCUGGAUCUAACGCAGCAGGUGCCCAGAUCACGAAGCUCAAUCGCGCUCUAAAGAUGGGCGGGCGCGUGAUGCUACGCUCAGCUGGUCUGAAGCCAUGGUAUAUCAAUGAGUUCGAGAAGCUGGGCUUCGUCGCCAAAUGCAUGGGGGCCAGAGAGGGCAAGGCCUGCAUUGACCGCGUCAACAUGUACGCUUCCUGCUGGAUCAUGACCAAGACUGAAAAUCUGGCACCGCCGACUCCUGGAGCCGAAGCCGAGUCCCUGAGCGGAUCAGAAAUUACCAAAUUGGUGAUUUGA